CGAAGCGACAAUCCUUCAGAAGUAAACAAACAUGGCUCACUGGUUUCACAGGAAUCCCCUCAAAGCCACUGCUCAGGUGAAAUUUGACCUGAAAAUGGUCGCGUCUGACAGCCAGGCUCUGAAAUUAUGUAGUGACCUGCGUCAGGCAAGAGCUCGGCUCCUUGAACUCUUCCCUGAUGCCAACCAUGAAAUUGACGUGGUGGAGCCAGCACUGACGCUGUACCUUGCCCUGCUACGAGGUCUCAUUGAAGCACCAGAGGGCUCGGACUGGAGCAAGCUGAGGCAUUCUGUGCGCUUCCGUUGGACUCACUCCAUGCUGGGCAGCACUCCUGAGGCUCACUUUGAUGCAAUAUAUGAGCUUGUAUCAGUCCUUCAGAAUGCAGCAUUUUGGUACAUGAAGCAUGCAAGCAAGGUGGCAGCACAGGAAGAAGUGAGCAUGGACGAAGCCAAGAUUGUCCACCGUAGCCUUCGUCGUGGGGCAGGACUGCUGAAGUACGCCCAAGAGGAGUGGGUGAACAAGCUUCUUGAGGCCCCCAAGCCAGGGAGUGAUGGGGACCCCAGAGUGCACACAGCAUAUCUCAACCAGGCUACAGCAGAAGCCCAAGAGGUGACAAUAGCUCGAGCUGUGGAGUUGAAGCACAAUCCUGGACUGAUUUCUGCACUUUCAAAUGAAACUUCCAAAAUGUUUACAACGGCUGCUGACUCCAUCACAUCACUGGAUGAGAAGACAUUUGACCAUUGGACAAAAUAUUUACGAUUAAAAGCAGCUUUCUAUGCAGCAUAUGCUUACAAUUAUGCUGGAGAAAACAUGCUGAACCAGGACAAAUGCGGAGAUGCCAUCCGCUCACUGCAAGAAUCCAAAAAGAAUUAUGAACUGGCUGCAGAAAUGUGCAAGGAAUACGGCCAAACCAAAGGGCCAGGUACGCAGGCAAAGCCAGAGAAACAUCAGUUCUUCCGCCGUAUUGCCCCCAUCAUUGCAAGGACCUUGGAGAAAUGCGAGAGAGAGAACGGGAUGAUCUAUCACCAAAAGGUCCCGUACGACCCCCCCCAGCUAGAACUCAGAGCCACAUAUGGCUUAGUCUCGCCUGAUGACUACACCCUCCCCCCUGCAGCUCCUCUGUGGUCACCAGUCACCUAUGCGGCCUUUGAUCUUACUAAGAACCUCGCAGAAGACCCUGGUGCUAACUCGAAGUCUGCCCAGAAAGCAGAAGGGGAUCUCCCGCCUGUCAAAGAAGCUGACAUCCACCAGUCAUCGAAGGAUCACAAAAACAACAGUGGAUGCUCUCUGAUGUAGCCUCUCUGUGAGUGGACAGCUGUCAUGAGUGAUUGUAGAUCAUGGCUCAUGGUUGUGUAGUUUUUUUUUUUCCUUUCUAUUUGGGGGGAGGGCGGUUAGGAUUUAGAAAUGUUCCAUCAUUGGAAAUGACGGUAAUUUUCUACUUGUCUUUGGGAGGUGAAUUAAUGUUUACUUAAGCUUAUUUCUAGGUAUUUUGUGGCAAGAUUAUUUUUACUUGUCAUAGUCAAAGUUAGAGAAAAAUUAUGUGUGUAUUUCAGAUGUGAUUAUUGUAUACACUGAUAAAAAAAAAAAAAAGUUAUUUGCUGCCCUCCAGUUGUAAGGCAUUUAUUGUGUUUAUUUGUUGUAUUAAAAGAAUUGAUUCUGAAGAGCAUUCAGUGAAUCAGUGAAGAACUCACAUAUUGUAGCAGCAUGACUCUGCAACCUGAAGUUCAGCAUACUUGCCAGGUUGGGUCCCACCAAGUCCACAGACGUGUCAUCACUUAUUGGACAGCAAGCUCCCCUUGUUUCCUGCACUCUUACACAGUGCAAGUGUGAUUAAGCUGCAGAAUCUGGAACUGAGAUCAUCAUUCCCCGAUCCUCCAGAUGACCACAGCAAUAGCAGCAGCAGCACAAGGGCUGUCCAGUCCUUAACCGAUUAGGGAGCUCCCAUUGAUCUGCAACUUCACCUUCACCACCCAGCCAUGGCCAUGGGCACUUGGGGCCAUGACAAACGUUCCAUAAAGAUAUGUAGACCAGUCCAAGUAGUAGAUGCCAUCCAUCUACUACAACAUGCACUUGCAAAUGUAUUGUGUAGAAUAAUCACAUUUUCAAUAUGUACAUCCAAUUUGAUUUUCUAGAAAAUUAAUUUCAAUGUCUAUUACUGAGUUAUAGAACCAGAGAGAAACAGAUUGUCACAAGCUAAAAGAAAUAAAAUUGCUAAAGGUUG